AGUAAAAGGCUUCGUCCGAGUGAGUGGUACAACAUGAGCUACUGGCACAUUAUAGUGUGUUGUGCAUUUACUUUUUAUUUAGUGGACUGUGCCGUGCUCGUCGAAGAUGGCGAUGUCGAUGAACAGGGACUGUACAGUAAGUCCGAUCAUGUUGUCAUAUUGACAGAAAAGAAUUUCCAAAGGAAAGUGUAUGGCCAAAAAUAUGCUCAAGUAAUACAAUUCUAUAAUAGCUUUUGUGGACAUUGCAGAGCAUUCGCACCUAAGUAUAAGGGAUUGGCUGCAGAAAUGGUACCAUGGCAACCCAUUAUUAGACUAGAAGUAUUUGACUGUUCUGUGGAAGAAAACAUUGAAAUUUGUAGACAGUUUGAGAUAAUGGCUUACCCAUCCAUUCGUUACAUUCAUGAGAAUUAUCUUAAAGGAAAUGCGAACAUUGGUGACAAAAUAAGACCAGUUGACACAGCUGAAAAGUUAAAAAUGCAUCUUAUAUCAAAAAUGCAGGUGGAGCAAUUGGCAGGACGAUUAUCUUUUGCCCCUCCGCUGGGCAUCGCUUCAUAUGACUCAUACUCUGCAGCAGUAAAUGAUGUUCCAAGGGAUACUGAUUACAUAUUCUUGAUUUUCGAGUAUGCAAAUUCCACAGUUGGAACUGAAAUUGCUUUGGAUAUAAAUGACUAUAAACAUGUUAGAGUAAAGAGAUUGCUUGACAACAGUGAAUUAACGCAGGUAGCAGGGGUCACUCGCUUCCCUAGUAUCAUUGCCUAUACACAACGGACUUCAGAGAGCACACCACUUACAACUGCCGGUGUUGAGAAAAAACACUUUCUUAAAGCUAUUAAGGUAUUUUUGAAUUCUAAGAAUUAUAAAUUUCCUGUUCGUGCUACUGUUGAUGAAGAAAUGAAUAGUGACUUAGACUAUCAUCAAAUAUCUAGCCCCAAACCUGACGUUGUCUACUACAGUGACUUGGAAAAAACCAUAAAGAUAAGUUUGCACACUGAAGUCAGUAGAUAUAAAACACUUGAUGGGGAGCCACUGCAAGCAUUAUUAAAUUACUUAAAAGUUCUUAUAACUUCUUUCCCAGCUAGAGCAAAUCUUAAAGAGUAUCUAGUUGAAUUACAUGACACUCUAAAUGGCAACACAGAAUGGAAUGGUAAUGAUGUUUAUGAAAUGGUGAAGAGGCUGGAAGCUGCUCAUGCACCCAUAUACACUUCCAAUUCAGACUACAUUGCUUGCAAAGGAAGUCAGCAAAAAUUCCGCGGAUACACUUGUGGAUUGUGGACCUUGUACCACACAUUGACUGUGAAUGCUGCAACCAUAACCACGUUAACGGAAGGUCCUAAAGUACUCCAAGCUAUGCACGGAUAUGUAAAACAUUUCUUUGGGUGUACUGAAUGUGCUCAACACUUCCAGGCAAUGGCAGCAAGAAACAGAUUAUUUGAUGUAAAAGAAAAUGACAAAGCCAUUCUCUGGCUCUGGAUAUCCCAUAAUGAAGUGAACCUUAGAUUGGCUGGAGAUGUUACUGAAGACCCUGAACAUCCUAAGAUACAAUUCCCCAGCUCUGUAAAUUGUCCUGAAUGUCGGCUUGCCCGCGGUGCAUGGAACCUUCCUGCUGUUUAUCAGUAUCUGCAGAAAGUAUAUGGAGCAGCAAACAUACAGGGGUCACGAAAAGCGCGCUCUGAGGCGACGGUGACGAGUCCAUUCUCCAACCUGGACAUUGGAAUGCUAAGCUUCCUGUACAUAUUGUCUUUUAUUAUACUCAUUCUAGUCAUAAAAUAUUUCUUAACCAAGCGUUUUUACAGAAAUCGUUAUUAUAAGCAUGGAAGGGGAAUAAACGAAUUGCGGAGUUAAGAAAAAUAUCGGCUUUGGCAAUCUCGGUGUUAUAUGAAAUCCGUGAAAUCAAAUUCAAAAACAUACUUCGAACUAAAAUAUUUGCGAAAACAUAUGGGAUGAAA